CACGUGUGACGUCAGUCGACUGUGUAUGGUUUGACGGUGCAUCUCGUGUCUAAUCUCUCCUCCGAAAGGUGGACAAUGUGACGUAAUUAACUGGACAGUGAUCGGUGUUAUUGACGGCGCCAUAAACGAAACACGGCCGGUGACGUCACACCGUUAGACAUUUUCUCUAACUAUGUUAUUGUCAGUGAUGACAGGAUCGGUUGUUUGCCGUUCGUUCCCCACUUUAUCACAGAAGAAGCUGUGGUUCUUAACUGUAUUCGCUGGUUUGUUAUUCUCCAGUGGGUCAUGCUCUAUUGUGGGAGAACCAGUUAUUGUAGAAUCUCCAGUAAACAGGACAGUGGUGAUGAACGACAAUGUUAUUUUUUCGUGUGGAACAACUGGAGAACCUCGACCUCAAAUAUCUUGGCACAGAAAUGGAAGAAGUUUGCACCACAAUGGACACGCCACGUAUAAAAUCUUAGAAAACGGAUCUUUAGUUCUUGAAAAUGUCGGUCCAGCCGAUGAUGGAAUGUAUAGGUGUAUUGCCAGGAAUGAAAAAGGUGCAGCAUAUUCGGAUCUAGUACGUCUUAAAGUAGAAGUUCCUGCAAAAAUUGAAGGAGGAAGAACUAUUUACAAUGUCAGUUGGGGUUCCUCUGUGAGUUUGGAAUGUUCAUCCGAAGGUGAUCCUCCUCCUGUAGUUAGUUGGUGGAAAGGAAAUAAACCUAUAUCUCAUAAGGAGACAGUAUUUUCUCACUCUCUACUAAAUGUUAAUGCUACGAUCACUUCCAUAUAUACGUGUAGAGCUACUAAUUACAUCAGUAGCAUUAAUACUUCUGUAACGGAUAGUAAGGACUUUGUUAUUUAUGUCUUGACUAAGUCAGAAAGUUUCGGUAUCCUUGAAGAAACGGAAAUAUCGGAAGAAAUUGAUGAUAAUUUUGAAGAAUCUGUUACGAAAGAAACGAAUAAAAACGAUGUAUCCAGUGGGUAUUGUUCCGUAUAUACUGGAACGAUUUGUAAAAAACAUCUGAAAGGUGUAAAUCUUGUUUUUUAUAAUUACACAACGGAUGGAAUGGUGAACGAAGAGAUAACUACUGGAUUAUGGGAAGAAGUAAUAUCUUCUUUAAUGGAACCGUGUAGAACAGCUGCUGAGACAUUACUUUGCACCUACGCAUUUCCUAGGUGCGAGUGGAUAAAUGGCAUUGCUGUAAGCAAACCUGUAUGCAAAGAAGAUUGCAUAGCUGUUAGAGAGUUAUUCUGUUAUAACGAAUGGGCACUCAUCGAAGAUAAUAAACAAAGAGGAAUUUAUUUUAAAUCUCGUGGUCAUUUCCGUUUACCAUUUUGUGAUAUUUUACCCUAUAGAGUCAAUUCUACUAAUUCGUGUUCCGAUGGGCGUUUAACUGAAAUGAAAGAGGAAGAAAUAACCAAAAGUUUCGGUAUCCUUGAAGAAACGGAAAUAUCGGAAGAAAUUGAUGAUAAUUUUGAAGAAUCUGUUACGAAAGAAACGAAUAAAAACGAUGUAUCCAGUGGGUAUUGUUCCGUAUAUACUGGAACGAUUUGUAAAAAACAUCUGAAAGGUGUAAAUCUUGUUUUUUAUAAUUACACAACGGAUGGAAUGGUGAACGAAGAGAUAACUACUGGAUUAUGGGAAGAAGUAAUAUCUUCUUUAAUGGAACCGUGUAGAACAGCUGCUGAGACAUUACUUUGCACCUACGCAUUUCCUAGGUGCGAGUGGAUAAAUGGCAUUGCUGUAAGCAAACCUGUAUGCAAAGAAGAUUGCAUAGCUGUUAGAGAGUUAUUCUGUUAUAACGAAUGGGCACUCAUCGAAGAUAAUAAACAAAGAGGAAUUUAUUUUAAAUCUCGUGGUCAUUUCCGUUUACCAUUUUGUGAUAUUUUACCCUAUAGAGUCAAUUCUACUAAUUCGUGUUCCGAUGGGCGUUUAACUGAAAUGAAAGAGGAAGAAAUAACCAUUAAACGCCCAUCGGAACACGAAUUAGAACCUCACCAUCAUAACAGACCGCCUAUGGUAUUUCCAGAAGUCUCGAAUUCCGAAAAUUAUUGCAGAAAUGCUGGAGGAGAAGAACCUGUUCCUUGGUGUUAUACAAUGGAUCCUAGAAUAAGAUGGCAACAUUGCGAUAUACCACGUUGUGAAAACAACAGUUACAUCUUAGGCUCCGACUUUGACAUGUCAGAUAUCUUUGAUACGCCGACUGAACCAAUAUUUACUCCUUCGUUCAUUUUAAUUAUUUGUUCUCUUAGUUUGGCCGGUAUUGUUGUUAUUUUAGCAAUGGUAUUGGGAUUUCGUAGAUUACAAAAGUAUCGAAGUGGAUACAACGCUACACCUACCACCGACGUGGAAAUAGAUUUGGAUAAAUUACCAUCGAAUAUGUCUUACCAUCAUACAAGUGCCCAGCUGAAUCCAAAAUUAGAAAAUUUAGAAUAUCCACGUAACGAUAUUAUAUAUAUAAGAGAUAUUGGUCAGGGUGCUUUCGGGAGAGUUUUCCAAGCAAAAGCACCAGGUUUAACUAAAGGAGAAGAAUUUACAAUGGUUGCCGUUAAGAUGUUAAAAGAAGAAGCUACAGAAGAUUUGCAAAGUGAUUUCGAGCGUGAAGCGUGUUUAAUGGCAGAAUUUGACCACACCAACAUAGUUAAAUUAUUGGGUGUUUGUGCUAUUGGUAAACCCAUGUGUCUUUUAUUUGAAUAUAUGGGCCGAGGUGAUUUAAAUGAAUUUUUACGCUCCUGUGCGCCUACUAAUUACAUCGUACGGACAGCAAACGGCGACAUCUUCAAUGAUGUUCGUUUAACUCAUUUAGAUUUAUUAAAUAUAGCAAGACAGAUUGCAGCAGGAAUGGUUUAUCUUUCCGAAAGAAAAUUUGUACAUAGAGAUUUAGCCACUAGAAACUGUUUGGUCAGUGACGAUAUGGUGGUUAAAAUAGCAGAUUUCGGUUUAUCUCAGAAGAUCUACGCUGCUAAUUAUUACAAAGGUAAUGAACACGAUGCUAUUCCAAUACGUUGGAUGCCAUUGGAAUCUAUUCUUUAUAGUAAAUUUACUGUCGAAUCAGAUGUAUGGGCAUUUGGAGUAGUUCUUUGGGAGAUAUUCAGUUUUGCUUUACAGCCAUAUUACGGUAUGACUCACGAAGAAGUUGUGAAAUUUAUUAAAGAAGGUAAUAUUCUUGUCUGUCCGGAUAAUACACCCGCUCCUAUUUAUAAUUUAAUGAAAGCUACUUGGAAUAGAAAACCAGCAAACAGGCCAAGUUUUAAAACUAUUUUUAAAACACUCGGAGCAAUUUAUGAAGAAUUGAAUAGGCAUCAGAUAAGAGAUCAAAGGGUACACGUUUGAAUAAUAUAAGAAGUAUACUGGGUGUAAUAAAUUGCUUAAACAUGGACUGUUUAAAGCAUAUUCCUGAAAUGAUUGUGUUUAGUACUGAAAUACUGAGUGUGUAGUGCUUGCCCGGUUUCCUGUGCGCAUUAUACUUUGACUGGGUAGAGACAGUAUAUUAAAAAAAAUAAUGGAUAAUUGCGUGUGAAACAACGUAAGUAAUCCCAGUUGUCUUCCAGCAGGUUAAUACUGCCAGAAUUUUUCCUUUUUUUUUUUCUUUCUUUGCUGAAAACGCUAAUAUGGUUACUAAACUACUUUUUGUACAUAUGAAGACGUUCGAUGCCAAAUUAAAGUAGCCACGAUCAAAGCAUGAUUUGUAGAGACGAUGGUGGAUUAUUAUUAUUAUGUAGUUUUGUGCACUUGUAUAUAUCACGAACUGUACGUUGUUGUGCUAAUAUAUAUAAAUAUAUAUGUGUAUAUUUGUUGUACUCAAUCGUAUUCGUACGGUAAAUUGUAUUAUCCUUUGUAAAAAAAUGUCAUAUUUGGAGAAUUUUUUGUACUUUUGGCGACGAUGCUAUGUAUAAAUAAAUUUA